AUGGAUGCAUCGACAAGGCUAUACAAACGCUUGGGAGAGAUACCAGAAGACCCGAACGACCCUGAAAGUCUGGACGAUCUGAUAGUCUGCGCAUUCGGCGCCUUUGAGCGAUACUACGUUUGCUGGAAGACAAAAGGAGGAGAAUUUAGGCAAGAUGGCUACGAUCUCCCUCCCGCACUCAAAGACUGGCUCUACCCCACCGACGGCACAACACGAGACUUCGCGUCCCUUCAAGUCGUCUUCGGCCGAGGCGAGGAAUACUUCGCAUCCGACAAGAAAGGCAAGCUGGAGUACAAAGAGCCGGAACUGAAGAAGCCGGCACCUAUUGAAGAUGACGAGAAGCUUGAUAGGCAAGCACUAAGGAGAUCGCGAACGGUCUCGUUCUUGCGGCCAUUGUCGGAAACGAGCAUGCGAUCGGAUGGUGGACGAGUCGGCCACCGAGUCUAA